GGGGCUGCGAGUUAACACACCCCUGCGCCUUUCCUCUGCUUUUGAAUUCCUUUCCCAUCAUUCUUUUCCACUUUCACCUUCAUUCAUUUCCAACAUCUUUAAACUCCAUACCUCCCUUUCUCCUUCUCCAUCUGCAAAUUUUCCUGAUUCUGAGGAUUUUUUAUGAUCGCGUAGAUCUUUCACAUGGGAACUCCGGUGAAUAUCGUAAUUGGAUCACACGUUUGGGCAGAGGAUCUUGAGGAUGCAUGGAUUGACGGCGAAGUUACAGAAAUCAAGGGAAGAGAAGCCACCAUAAUCGCCACUAAUGGGAAAAGUAUCGUUGCAGAUAUAUCUAGCAUAUAUCCAAAAGACACAGAGGCACCGCCAGCAGGAGUGGAUGACAUGACCAAGUUGGCGUACCUGCAUGAACCAGGGGUCUUAUAUAACCUUGCUUGUCGAUUUGGUCUGAAUGAGAUAUAUACUUACACUGGCAACAUUCUAAUAGCUGUGAAUCCUUUCCAAAGACUCCUACAUCUGUAUGACGUUCACAUGAUGGAGCAGUAUAAGGGAGCUGCUUUUGGAGAGCUAAGUCCACAUCUUUUUGCUGUAGCAGACACUUGUUACAGAGCGAUGAUGAACGAACAGGAAAGCCAGUCCAUUUUGGUAAGUGGAGAGAGUGGAGCUGGUAAAACAGAGACCACAAAGAUGCUCAUGAGAUACCUUGCAUUCAUGGGGGGAAGAUCUGGCAUUGAAGGAAGAACUGUGGAACAGCAAGUUUUGGAGUCAAAUCCAGUUCUGGAAGCAUUCGGGAAUGCUAAAACCGUGAAAAAUAACAAUUCAAGUCGUUUUGGUAAGUUUGUUGAGAUUCAAUUUGAUAAGCAUGGUAAGAUCUCCGGAGCUGCAGUUCGAACUUAUCUCCUUGAAAGGUCCCGUGUUUGCCAAGUUUCAGAUCCGGAGAGAAACUAUCAUUGCUUUUACAUGCUUUGUGCAGCACCACCGGAGGAUAUGAAAAAAUUUAAGUUAGGGGAUGCAAGAGCAUUCCACUAUCUAAACCAAUCCAACUGUUACAAAGUAGCCAAUGUAGAUGAUGCUAGAGAGUAUUUGGAGACCCGAAAUGCAAUGGACAUUGUAGGGAUCAGCCAGGAUGAGCAGGAUGCAAUAUUUCGUGUAGUAGCUGCAAUCCUUCAUCUUGGAAAUGUUGAGUUCAUCAAAGGGAAAGAUGUUGACUCUUCCAAACUCAAGGAUGAGAAGUCACGCUACCAUCUUCAAACUGCAGCAGAGCUACUAAUGUGUGAUGAGAUAGCACUGGAAAGCUCACUUUGCAAGCGUGUCAUAGUGACUCCUGAUGGUAAUAUUACAAAACCUCUGGACCCAGAUCUAGCUACCUUGAGUCGUGAUGCCUUAGCAAAGACCGUGUAUUCUAGGCUGUUUGAUUGGAUUGUGGAUAAGAUUAACAACUCAAUAGGUCAAGAUCCCAACGCAACAAGCAUAAUCGGAGUGCUUGAUAUUUAUGGCUUCGAAAGCUUCAAAAUCAAUAGUUUUGAGCAGCUUUGCAUCAACCUAACAAAUGAGAAGUUGCAACAGCAUUUCAACCAGCAUGUAUUUAAGAUGGAGCAAGAAGAGUAUACAAGAGAGGAAAUAAACUGGAGCUAUGUGGAGUUUGUGGAUAACCAGGAUGUUUUGGAUCUUAUUGAGAAGAAACCUGGUGGAAUAAUUGCCCUGCUCGACGAGGCCUGCAUGUUCCCCAAGUCCACUCAUGAAACAUUUGCACAAAAGAUGUACCAGACAUACAAAGGACACAAACGUUUCAGCAAGCCAAAACUUGCUAGAACAGACUUCACAAUCAACCACUAUGCAGGAGAUGUAUGCUAUGGUUUGGAUUUUUUUUUCCUUGACUACCCAAUGAAACAUUUCGAAAUUUGUUUUCUCAUUGUUGAGCCAUUUGGUAAACAGGUUAUAUACCAAGCUGACCAAUUUCUUGAUAAAAACAAAGACUAUGUUGUAGCAGAACAUCAAGCUUUAUUAAAUGCAUCCAAGUGCCCUUUUGUUGCUAAUCUUUUCCCUCCAUUACCUGAAGAGACAUCGAAGCAAUCCAAGUUCUCUUCCAUUGGUACCCGCUUCAAGCAACAAUUACAAUCUUUGAUGGAGACGCUAAACACAACAGAGCCACAUUAUAUCAGAUGUGUAAAGCCAAAUACAGUUCUGAAGCCUGGAAUCUUUGAGAAUUUCAAUGUGUUAAACCAGUUAAGAUGUGGGGGUGUACUAGAGGCGAUUAGGAUAAGCUGCGCCGGGUAUCCGACCAAACGAACGUUUGAUGAGUUCCUUGAUCGUUUUGGAAUGCUUGCUCCUGAUGUUCUGGAAGGGUCAGACGAAAAAUCUGCAUGCAUUGCCAUCCUGGAGAACAUGGGUUUGAAGGGUUAUCAGAUUGGGAAAACGAAAGUGUUCCUUAGAGCUGGGCAGAUGGCCGAGUUAGAUGCUCGAAGAACUGAAGUUUUGGCUACUUCUGCUAGACGAAUCCAGCGACAAAUUCGAACACAUCUAACCAGAAAAGAGUUCAUUGCCUUACGGAAUGCUUCAAUAUUUAUGCAGAAGCUCUGGAGAGCACAACUUGCACGUAAGCUUUAUGAAGACAUGAGAAAAGAAGCAGCCUCUACCCGUAUACAAAAAAAUGUUCGUGCUCGUAUGGCAAGAAAAUAUUACACAAACAUGCAGAAAUCAGCAGUAUCUAUUCAAACUGGACUACGAGCAAUGGCAGCACGUAAUGAAUAUAGAUGCAGAAGAAGAACCAAGGCUGCAACUAUAAUUCAGACUCAAUGGAGAAGAUUCCAAGCUCUUUCAGCUUACAAGCAACAGAAGAAAGCAACCCUUGCACUUCAGUGUCUUUGGAGGGCUAGGACAGCAAGGAAGGAGCUUAGAAAACUGCGGAUGGCUGCAAGAGAAACAGGGGCGCUUAAAGAAGCUAAGGAUAAACUAGAGAAACGUGUUGAAGAGCUAACAUGGCGGCUGGAAUUUGAAAAACAAUUGAGGAUUGAUCUUGAAGGAGUUAAGGGGCAAGAAAUUGCAAAGCUAGAAAAUUCAUUGCAAGAAAUGCAAGAAAAGCUAGAUAAAGCCUAUGCAGCAAUCAUCCAGGAGAAAGAAGCAGCAAAGUUAGCUAUAGAACAAGCCCCGCCUGUAAUCAAAGAGGUGCCUGUUGUGGAUAACACCAAGCUAGAGUUGCUAAGUAAUCAAAAUGUGGAACUGGAGGAUAAGCUAAGAGACAUGAAGAAGAAAAUAGAGCAGUUUGAGGACAAGUGUAAUGAAUUAGAAAAAGAAAGCAAAGAAAGACUAAAAGAGGCAGAAGAAGCACAGCUGAAAACAAUGCAGCUCCAAGAGACCAUUGAGAGAUUAGAAUUGAACUUGUCCAAUCUCGAGUCAGAAAAUCAGGUUCUACGCCAGCAGGCACUGGUUGCAUCAACUAAAGAGGACCUUUCUGAAGAAAUAAAUGUCCUCAAGCAUAAGAUAAAAGACCUGGAAUCGGAGAAUGAAUCACUCCGGAAACAUCCAGCCUCUUUAGAACAGACAGUGGCUCCUGAAAGGAUUUUUUCCCAACUCAAGAACUUUGACAAUGGACACCACAUAAAAGAAGAGCCUCAAAUGACAAAAGAGCCUGAACGUCUUGUCUCCCUCUUAACUAAACAAAGGUCCCUAACAGACAGGCAGCAGGAAAACCAUGACUUGCUCAUCAAGUGUCUUCUGGAAGAUAAGCAGUUUGAUAAGAAGAGACCUGUUGCUGCCUGUGUUGUGUACAAAGCACUUCUUCAAUGGAGAUCAUUUGAAGCAGAGAAAACAAAUAUAUUUGAUAGGAUUAUUCAGACAAUCAGAUCAUGUAUAGAGAGUCAAGAUAACAUCUGCAAUCUAGCAUACUGGCUCUCAACAACUUCUACUCUUUUGUAUCUUCUACAAAGUACAUUGAAGGCAAAUAACACAGUGAAAGCAUCUGCAAAGAAUAAUCGAACCACCGCUGCAACAUUAUUUGGUAGAAUGGCACAAGGAUUCCAGCCAUCGACAAUGGGAAUGGGAAUGGGAAUGUCAAGUGGGUAUAGUGGAAUGGUGGAAAAACCAAAUGAGCAAUUGAAAAUCGAAGCCAAGUAUCCAGCACUACUAUUUAAGCAACAUCUAGCUGCAUAUGUUGAGAAAAUAUAUGGGCUGAUCCGUGAUAGUGUGAAGAAAGAAAUAAGUCCAUUCUUGAAUUUGUGCAUACAGGCCCCAAGAUCAAUGAGAGCUAGAGCAAUAAGAGGCUCAUCUAGAAAUAUACAUUCAAAUAUUGUUACAAGACAACAAGCAUCAAACAUACACUGGCAAAGCAUUGUUAAUAAUCUAGAAAGUACCUUGAGUAUAAUGUCGGAGAACAAUGUCCCUCCUGUGUUCACAAGAAAAAUUUUUAGUCAGAUUUUCUCAUUCAUAAAUGUACAGCUCUUUAACAGCUUAUUACUGCGACGUGAGUGCUGCUCAUUUAGCAAUGGAGAAUAUGUGAAGGCGGGUUUGCAAGAAUUAGAACAAUGGUGCCUCAAAGCUUCGGAUGAGUUUGCAGGAUCAUCAAGGGACGAACUUCAACACAUAAGACAAGCAGUGGGAUUUCUGGUAUUGCAUCAAAAAGCUCAAAAAUCAUUGGACGAGAUCACAAAUGAACUCUGCCCGAUGCUGAGCAUACCACAAAUAUAUCGCAUUGGUACUAUGUUCUGGGAUGACAAAUAUGGAACACAGGGAUUAUCUCCAGAUGUGAUUGGCAAGAUGAGAACACUUAUGGCAGAAGAUUCAAUAAACAUGCCUAACAAUUAUUCAUUCUUGCUCGACGUUGAUUCAAGCAUACCCUUUUCAAUGGAGGAGCUAUUCCGAUCCUUUUGUGCAAUUAGUCUAUCCGAUGUUGACCCGCCGCCGCUACUCCGGCAAAGAUCCGACUUCCAUUUUCUACUUCAAACAACGGAUUCUCUUUAAUUUUGCACCAAC